UUCCUCAUGUCAGUUACACACCCAAGCAGCUGAGAUCACAUAACUGAAACUGAUUACGUUCAGUUUGCAGCCUGGAGUCUUACUUCAUAGCCUUCUUUUGGGGAGUUUGUCUUUAAGGAGUUAAAAAAAAAAGUUUUGAUUAAACGCAGAGGGAAGAGGAUGGAGAGGCCAGAUUUGCCUUCCCAGGCAGAAUUCUUAGAGAUGGAAGUUGCAACGCCUGCAGUGAAUCCCUUUAUCCACAAGAUAAACUUAACAGCACAAGAUCAGGUGAAGAUUUUUAUUUUGAGUGUGCUGCUGGCCCCUUUCCGUUUGGUCAUUGGUCUCUUGGUGUUUUUCCUUUUUUGGCCUAUUUCACUAAUACGAAUCAUAGGACUGAGGCAGGAGCAGCUGUCUGCACCAAUCACAGGCUGGAGGAGGACUGUUCCACACUACUUGGUCUAUUUUUGGAGUCGGAUUUUCUUUUUUAUCCUGGGAUUUUUCCGGAUUAGAGUGAAAGGUCAGAAGGCAUCAGUCUCUGAGGCCCCUUUUCUGGUGGUGGCCCCGCACUCUAGUUUCUUUGAUGCCGCCUGCAUGCUGCCAUGUGAUCUCCCUACCGUGCUGUCUCGGGCCGAGAAUCUCAACAUUCCUGUGAUUGGAGCAUUGCUGCGCUUUAAUCAGUCAAUACUCGUACACAGGCAUGAUGCAGAGUCCCGCAGAAAAACAGUUAUGGAGAUGAAGAGAAGGGUGUUAGAAAACGGCAGGUGGCCUCAGGUAUUGGUUUUCCCAGAAGGCACAUGUGGCAAUAAAUCUGCUCUCCUUCGAUUUAAACCAGGUGCAUUCAUUGCAGGAGCCCCAGUUCAGCCAGUGUUGAUACGAUACCAUACUAAACCGGACGUCACGAGCUGGACAUGGAAAGGACCUGGAAUGUUUAAGGUGCUCUGGCUGACCUUAUCCCAGCUCUACACUGAUGUGGAAGUUGAGUUCCUUCCAGUCUAUGUACCCAACCAAGCAGAAAAGGACAACCCAACUGUGUAUGCCAACAAUGUGCAGAAAUACAUGGCAAGAGCCCUGGGUGUACCGGCCACUACAUAUGAAUUUGAAGGGAGCCAGCCUGUGAAUGUCACCGGCCAUCUGAAACUGCCUCUGGAACCAGUCAUCUGGAAUGUACACAAGUUACUAAAAAAGGAAGGGUUCAAUCCAAAGCCAGUAGAAGACUAUCGUGACAUCUGCGAAAAGGAAGGCUGGAAGGUUGGACUGAAAAAAAUGGCUUCACUGCUUUCUAUGCCAGUUACGAGUGGCCUUGAAUGCAUGUUUCAACAUUAUGAUCAGGAUAAAGAUGGCAUCAUUGAUUUCCGAGAAGUAGUCCUAGGACUGGCUGUUAGAGAUGGAAAACUGACCACAGAGGAGCUACUGGACUUGGCAUUUAAGCUGUUCGAUGCUGAAGGGCAUGGCAGGAUGACAGAAGACGUAUUUGCUGCUGUUCUUCGUUCCUUAUUGGGUUUAACCAGCAUUGAUGUUUCCAGACUUUUGAGAGAAGUCUGUGAAGAUGGCUUAGUUGAAGUCUCACAAGAUGACUUUCGAAAGUUUGCCCUGUCACACCCUGAUUACCGAAAGCUGUUUAUCACAUACAUGAGGCCACCUGGUGGACAAUCUACAGAAAGAGUGAGGAGGCAGAAUGGAUGUGUCCAGGAUGGCCAAAGGCAUGAGGCAUUUUCCAGCAAAAAUCACUAUAUUAACGGUGUAGCUCCAUCAUCUAACCAUACAAGGGAAUGAAACUCAUUUCACUGGCGAGAUGUGCAUGAGAGAUACCAAGACAACACAGUACUUGGAGGCAGGAAAUAUAUAAUCAAAAAUGUGGAAAUGUUAUUUGUAACAAUCUUAUAUUUUUAGAGUAUUUUUAAGAUUUAUAAUGAUAUAUAUAUAUAUAUAUAUAUAUAUAUAUAUAUAUAUAUAUAUAUAUAUAUAUAAAUAUAUUUAUAGAGAUAAUCUGUAUAUAACUGUACAUAAGAGUUUAUUAAUAGAGUGUAAAUUGAAAUUUUAUUAUAGAAAGCAGAUAACUCAUGCCAGUCAGAGGGUAGCCUGAGGUGCGUUACCUCUGGUGAUACCUGUUGUUAGAAAAAGAUUGUGUGUGUGCUGUGCACACUCAGUGGUGCUCAUGUUUGCUUGCCAUAGAAGUUGCAUCACAGCAGCCAGGUCUUUUGUGAGCUUUCAUUAUUUUCUGCAUCAGAUAAGUUAUUAACAGACCAUUUCACGAGGACCUGUUAGAGUGCAGGCAGUAACAGGAGGAACUGAAUCCUAAAAGACAGUAAGCAUACAUAGGCUUCUAUUAAAUCUCCAUUAUCAAAGUGUAUAAAUCAUUCAAAUAACUGUCAACUUCAUCACAUAGAAAGGGACAACAUAGAAAACAAGAUCAAAGGUUUAGAGUCAUUGAUCUUUGAAAAUAUUAAUAUUAUAACUUUGAAAGUAGACAGAUAUAACAUAGGUUCAUAGAUUAGUACUAGGCUACGUGCCCUCAAGGGCCAUUUUCAGCCCAGCCAAUUACCCCAUGUGAGAAUCAAACCCUGCACCUUGUGUCUGUAAGGUAAACACCUUAACCGUUAUGCCAACCUCCCACAAUGUAUAUCAACAUACAUUUUCUGAGGAAUCAUUGCUCUGGAACUGCAGUGAGUACCAUUACAUAUAGUGAGUGUGUUCUUCUUUUUUCCUUGAAAUCACAUAUUUUUUCAAGGAACAACAAAAGUUUAAGGAAAAAAUCAAGAAUGCUCUUUAAAGUAUCAGACAGUUGAGAGGGAAGCAUAUAACUCCUUCUUUUCUUGUUGUUUGUAUUUUGUUGUAUUGAAGGAUGUUUUUUGCAUAUUAAAGUGAAGCAGAUAUUA